AUGGUAGAUGCUUGCCUGAAUCCGAAUGAGAUGACCACGGCAAGACUGUUGUUAAAACACACGCGCACUUCAAAUCUCGGAUGCAUUUAUGGACUAGAGUCCAAGUUCUUGGGUUACUUUCGUAAAGAUCUUUAUAUUCACAAUCUUGUGGCUCGAAUCUUAGUGAAUAAUAAAAGAAUCGAGCAGGCGCAAGAGGUUCUGCUUGAAAUUCAGCAAUUGGGUCUAACACCGAACGUUGACACUUAUAGGAUUAUGAUUCAUUUUGCGGAAGUUCAAAAGAAUUCAAAGAAUGCGAUGCAAGUAUUUCAGGAAAUGCGGCGAAAAAAAUUUACGGUGGAUCAUGUGACCCUUUUAUAUCUGAUAAGGUGUUUGUGCGCGGCCGGAGAUUUCGAGGGCUCAAAAAUGGUUAUUGACUUGAUGCAAA